AUGAGUCCGGUGAACAGCCUGUGGUUUAAGUGGAAGAGCCUGCGACUGCCCUGGCGAAGAUCCUUCUUGGUUGAUUCGCUGAACAGCAACCGGCUGCGGCGCAUCGUGAAAUACAACCGCAAGGUCCACUAUGCAGACGUGAAGAUUUCCCCCCAGUGGCACCAGUGGCUUCGCUAUGUGCGCCAGGACCCUCCCAGCCUCGAGGAACAGCAGCAAGACGUGGUUCGGCAGAUGCAGAUCAAGAAACUCGCGCAGAUUGCGGACGAACGCUGGGCCAGCAAGCCUUCAUACCUUGACCGUCCUCAAACGCAGCAGCCGGGACCUGCGACUCGAACGAGCGAUGCAACAUUGCAUCCAGAGAAAGGUGCUGCUCCUGACAGGCAGCCUGGCGUAAUGAACGCCAUCCAGAGCCAGGCGGAGGCCCAGGAACAAGAGAAGAAACCCGACACGAAGCCAUGGGCCAGAAAGAUGGGAGGUCCGAGUGAGAACUGGCAGCCGGAAGCCUGGACACCUACCGCUGCCAAGAGGUAG